CCCCCUUACAUGUCGGCCCGGGGUAGCUACCUAUCGUCCCCCCUGCCAAGGAGGUGAUGCCCGCUUCCGUAGAAAGCAUUUUUCGGAUUCGAGGCUCUCCAGCGUCCGAGACUCCGGGGGCUACCCGUGGCGUCGCGACCUAGAAGGUACAGCUUCGUUCUGUCCGACUCUACCUCGCGACUAUUGAGUAAGGCCAGUCCAGCCGUGUCAUUUUUCCCAUCAUGUUUAUGGAAGCCGACACUUUCGCACGGCAGCAGUGAUGUCAAUGAAGCCUAGCCACUUGAUAUACUGUGGUGGGAUAAGACGACCAGCUAUUCCGACUCGGCGACUCCAGAUGGUAGCCUUGGAGAGACUCUUGCCUGGAUGAGAUGCGAAGAAAGAUGCCGAGCGCCCUUCUCCCUAGAGUCACGGUCUCCCUGGGAUUCCACGCCCGCAUUGCUGUCAGACACGGUGACUGGCAGCUCCAAACCGUGCAGAUGCGGCGUGAUACAAGCCAACUUGAUGCCGGCUGCCUACCUCAGGGUUUUUAAAGAAGCAUAGAAGCUACACUUGCAUCCUCAUGGGCCGCUAAUUCAUGGUCUCUGAAGCAUGGGGAUGAUGGAAUAAUGUUUGCACAAGUUAGCCUGUAUAAGACGUAUACUUUAUGCAUAUUUGCGAGACUAUUAUGAAGUCUCUAUAGAAAUUUCUCUACUAAAAUACGAGUCUCGGGCGCCUAUGACCAGCACAUAAUGGA